UAUUCUGAGCCCAAACACAGCUGUUUUUGCAGCCCGCAUGAAGAUUCAAUACUCUGGCUCAGACUGUAAAGGUUGCUGGAAAUUUGCACGCAAGCAUAGGCUAUUUUGUCUUUCAUGGGUAUAAUUCCUUCCCAUCCCAAGGUCGAGAGUUUUGAUACUACGGGUUUUGCCGUUCCAUCCAAGAAACGAAAUGAUCCAGUGUGGGAAUACCGAGAGCGCUCACCCGAAUCUCAUUUAGAGUACAUGGAAAAUUACUUGCACGAAUAUGGUGCCAUUAUACAAGCAUGGGAAAAUGGAAAAGGACUAAACUCAGUCGGCGAGUGGAACAUUAAGGUUCAAAAAUGGAAGGAAAUUGAUCGGGUUCAUAGAGGUGCUGCUCUUACGCAUAACGCCACAAUCAGCGAAGAUGGUGUUCCACCAGUAAACCCUCUUCGAAUGACGUCAGGUGCCAAGCAAGAUGAACCGAAACAUGCUCUGGUUGCGGCUGAUGCUAAUGAAGCAAAAGCGUUGGAAGAAGGCCUUAAUGAUGCAUGGGGACAUGUUGUGGAAGCAGAGAACAAAGUUCUUGAAGCUUUGGAUACCUAUUGCAGACAGUUAGAUGCCGCCCGUAUCUUUAUACGGGCAUGUGGUAGCUGUCCCUACAAAGGAUCAUUCUACGGAAUUAUUUGUCAAGUUAUUGCUUGUUACUGCCUAACCGAAGCAAUCAAGCCAAUCGAAAUGGAUGCCAGUUUUAUAGAAAAUUUACUUUCAGAGGUUGCACGUUUGAAUGCGUUAGAGGAAACCGGUCAAAUGAUAAAGGACAGACUGGAAAUUAUCAUUACUGAGCAUCUCCUGCAGAUAAGCAAGGAUACUUCACAGCUCUCAAGUACGCAUUUUAUUCUGUUGUUGUCAACUUUAUGGGAAUUAUUGCGCAAUCUUUUGAUUUGUGUACAACCGGUGAUUCAAACCCAGAAAACCGCCAACGACAUAACCUUUCAGCCCGAUGUUGAGCCAAAAUUGGUUUUUGGCGAUCAAGUGGUCCGCAAUUUUAUCCUGCACGAUGAGAAAAUUCGUAAUAAAAUAAGUUUUGCUAUCGUGGGUAGUAGACGACGCCACAUUCUAGGCAACGAGUGUCAUCUGCUGCUGGGACAAGACAUGCUAUUGCAGCUUGGAGAGGGAAAGUCAUUUGUGUACGAGGCAGUUUGUACGAAUCAGGAUGCACGCUUCUAUGCACAACUCUUGGAUCUCGUGAAAAGUUGUUCCGCACAGAACCGAGGCCUAAAGGCGAUAGAAGCUCCCGACAUCCAGCUUGCCGAACACGCGGGCGGAAGUAAUAACGGUUAUCGAGAAAUCCUCUUAUUUGGUAGCAGCUGUCGAUACAGUUACGAGAACAAGAAAUUUCUUGGCGCCGGAAGCUUUGGAACUGUCUACGGAGCCACCUUAACCGAUAGCGACAAUUUGUCCGAAAAUGCACGGAAUAUAGCCGUUAAGGCAGUACGUUUGAGGCACGAUAUAUUAGAAGACCCUGUGAAGUGGAGAAAAUUUUGCCGAGGACUUAGCACUUUGUUAGAACUCAAGCAUCCGCACUUAGUGAAAUAUCAUCAAGUCACCGCCAGCAGCGUCGCUCACAUUGAAAUCAUGAUGGAUUACUGUGAUAGUGACCUAUCGAAGUACCUCGUGACAGCUAAAAACCAACUGCAAUACGACACGACUAUUUGCUUCGUUGGUCAAAUUGCCGCUGGGUUGACCUAUUUGCAUUAUAACAGUAUUAUACAUGGAGAUUUGAAGCCUGGAAACAUUCUUGUACGGCACACUCAAGAAGAAUGCCGAUUAUUUAUUGGUGAUCUUGAUGAUAGCGUGGUUAUGCAACGGAUGAUGACAAGUUCAGACGACGUGGACGAAAUACGUGGCACACUUCCUUAUAUGGCCCCAGAAAUUCUAAACAAAUUCAUUGCCCAGUCUGAAGAUGAUAAUAUUGUACCCGGACGAAAAUCAGACGUAUGGAGCUUUGGUUGCAUUGCUCUGGAUUUGGCGAAUUUUUAUUCGGGAAUUGACAAAAGCAAUCCAAAAAUCCAAAAAAUUAGAAAUCGGGCCACAGGUGUCAAAGCUCCAGUUUAUAAAGUUGAUUGUCGCUGAGGGUUUCGUUCCUAAUGUCGAUGAUUCUACACCGGCAGCUCUUGCAGAAUGCAUUCGAAGCUGUUUAUUCGUAGAGAAAGAUAGAAGAGGCUCUGCUUCCGAAAUGCUACAAUUCCUUCGCGAAGAGCAUUUUUUCUGGAGAAGAAAAACUGGGCUUGCCAGGGUGACAAAGGGAAUAUCUGAUGGCUUCUUCUGAAUUAGAAGUAUCUGGUUUAAUGCCAACGAGCGCGUGUAGCCGGCAAGAAUGUUAACAUGUUCACGGUUCACGCUGUGAGCAUAUUUGCCGGGCGAAAAUGCUCACGAAUGAAAUCAUGCAUGUCGUGUGCUGAUUUACUCUGCAUCCUAUCUGGAAUUAAAUAUUCCUAUAUUCUCAGUACCAAGGAUGGCUUUAAUGGAUUGGGACAUAACACGUCGGUAGCAUAAAAAUUAGUCUUUCAUAAAUAUCGGUGAAUUUAUCAUUAAGUUUUGAAGCAAUGAUUAGUGUACAUUGGCUUGUUAGCACUGCAAUAACGCAUUUUAUGUUUUAUAGCUUUCGACUAACUGUUUUCGUGGACCGGUAAUAUCGGGAAAGAUAAUAAAUUAUGUUAUUGCUUUUCGAAUCCAAAUGCUCUUCGA